GGCGGCGGGGAGGGGAGCAGGAGCCAGGCAAGAAAGUAGCAGAAAGUGAGGUUGGCAGGCGGCGGCAGAGGCAGGAAGUCUGUGCCGGAGAGCAGUAGAAAUUAGAGCCAGGGAGGGACCGCGGCGGCAGCAGUCUCGGCGAAAGAGGAAACUGCCGAAGAGGAAGCUCUGCGGCAGCCGGAGCCUCCCCGAGAGCCGCAUCCUCCCGCUGCUCUGCAUCCCCGCGCCCGGCAUCCCCCUGCGCCCGCCUCGCGCCCCCGGCGCCCCCUCCCCAGCGCACCCCCGGCCGCCCCACAGCGCUAGGUUGGCCAUGGCCCGGGAGAACGGCGAGAGCAGCUCGUCCUGGAAAAAGCAAGCGGAAGACAUCAAGAAGAUCUUCGAGUUCAAGGAGACCCUCGGAACUGGGGCCUUUUCUGAAGUGGUUUUAGCUGAAGAGAAAGCAACUGGGAAACUCUUUGCAGUGAAGUGCAUCCCGAAGAAGGCACUGAAGGGCAAAGAGAGCAGCAUUGAGAACGAGAUCGCUGUUCUUAGAAAAAUUAAGCAUGAGAACAUCGUUGCCCUGGAAGAUAUUUAUGAAAGCCCGAAUCACCUGUACCUGGUUAUGCAACUCGUGUCUGGUGGAGAACUCUUUGAUCGGAUAGUGGAGAAGGGAUUUUAUACAGAGAAAGAUGCCAGCACCCUCAUUCGUCAGGUGCUGGAUGCUGUGUACUAUCUCCACAGAAUGGGCAUCGUCCACAGGGACCUCAAGCCUGAAAAUCUCUUGUACUACAGUCAAGACGAGGAGUCCAAGAUAAUGAUCAGUGACUUUGGCUUGUCAAAAAUGGAGGGCAAAGGAGAUGUGAUGUCCACGGCCUGCGGGACCCCAGGCUAUGUUGCUCCCGAAGUUCUUGCCCAGAAACCAUACAGCAAAGCUGUGGACUGCUGGUCCAUUGGAGUGAUCGCCUAUAUCCUGCUCUGUGGCUACCCUCCCUUCUAUGAUGAAAAUGAUUCGAAGCUGUUUGAACAGAUCCUUAAGGCAGAAUAUGAGUUCGAUUCCCCUUACUGGGAUGACAUCUCUGACUCUGCAAAAGACUUCAUUCGGAAUCUGAUGGAGAAAGACCCAAAUAAAAGAUACACCUGCGAACAGGCAGCUCGGCACCCAUGGAUUGCUGGUGACACAGCCCUCAACAAAAACAUUCACGAGUCCGUCAGUGCCCAGAUCCGGAAGAAUUUUGCAAAGAGCAAAUGGAGACAAGCGUUUAAUGCCACGGCCGUCGUGAGGCAUAUGCGGAGGCUACAGCUUGGCAGCAGCCUGGACAGUUCAAAUGCAAGUGUCUCAAGCAACCUCAGUUUGGCCAGCCAAAAAGAUUGUGCGUCUGGCACCUUCCACGCACUGUAGUUUCCUUUCUUCUUCGUCGGGGGUCGCAGGAGUCGGAGCUGAGAGGAGACCCAGGCCCACCACUGUGACAACAGGGCACACCGGAAGCAAGUGACCCGGCUCUGGAGGUGGGACCCAGGGGGCAGGGCCGGAAGGAGAAGCCCUUGGCCGGAGGAGCUCCAUCAGCGGAGACCCCACCCACCCUGCAUGGUGCGCCUGCAUAGGACUGGAAGACAGAAGUUUUUUAUGGCCAUAUUUUAUACUGCAAUUCUGAUGUGUUCAUUUCUCAUAAACUGUACGGACUCAAGGGGAGCUGACGUCACAGGAUCUGGUGCUGUAUAUACGAAUCUUGCAAAGCUCUAACUGAAUGGACCUUCUCGCUCCCCUUUCCCAACUCCACCACUAACGCUCUCUCAGUGUAGGCAGCCAUCUAGGGUGUAUUUUUUCAUGAAAAAAAAAACAAAAAAAGGUUUCAACUGGAUUAUUUAAACAUUGGUAAAUGUUGUGCAUUAGGUUUUUUUUUUCUUUCCGAGAUGUCUCGUCUUUUUGAUCUCUAUCAGUUAGUUACAUGACUUCUAUCAUUCACUCUUUAAUAGUGGUUUAAAUCUUUAAGAGAUAUUUUUUCCCUCCAAGAGGAGUUAAAAGGUUUUUUUUUUUUUUAAAUUCUAAGAGGAUCAAGAAUCUGUCUCCAUGGUUAAGAGUGCACUUUACCUGUGUUCCUUGGUCCUCUGUCCUUUCCUCCAGAGGUCACCCUAGUAGCUGGGCUAGGCAGGCUUCUUUGAAGGUGGCUUUGGCAGGGAACCUGCAAAAAACCUUACCAGCAGCUUCCCCCUGAGAACUGCUCACCAAUCACAGAAGAAAUAAGCUUCUUGCCUCCUCCCUAGACUCCAUGCUCCGAAUUCCAGAUGAACUGUGCUCUGGGAACACAGUCCCCACAGUGCCAAGAUUUAGGAGUCUCCCUUGCAGAAGGAACAAGCCACCAUCUUGUUUUUAAAAUGAACCACACACAACCCUCAUUUCUCAUGGGGGGUAAUGGAUGAAACUCUGUUCUCAGCUAUGCACUUUUAAAACGAAUCUUUCUUUAUCUGUUUUAAUUUUUAAAAUUCAUUUCUAACCCUACCCUUCAAAUGGCCUAUAACACACACUUUUCACCCUCCACGGUUUUACCCUGUUCUCUCAUGAACAUUACCCACCCAAGAGAGGGGACAGAAAUGGCCUUGAAGAAGACUCUUAUUUUAGGUGAAAAGGAAACACACUACAUGAGUAGAAUACUGCCCACCUCAGAGAUGGCUGACUCAGCAAGGUCCAGCUGGUGCACAAGCCUUCCCUUACAUCAGAAGAAUCUAAAAUAGAAAGUACAUGUGAUGGUCAGGCCAUUGUGUGCCCUCGCUUAACAGGGACUGAAGGAUUUCCCAGUAUGUGGAACUUGAAGGCUGAAAUCAGGACUGUUCUGUGAAAACCAGUCCAUGUCGCUGAGCUGCACACACACAGGAAGAGCAGGCACAGAGCAUGGUUCAGGACAGACAUUCCCCAAGGAGGCUCUCAGAGACCAAGGCAAGUGGCUCAAACGCCAGUUUUGCCUGCCAACGUUCCCUUUAGCUCUCAUGUCUAUUUAACACCUUAGCCUCAUCUGCAGUUAGCUGCAGUCUGCCAAGAUGGGCUGCAUUAGGUCUCCCUAUGGCUCAGGAACUGUCCUCAUGCCCCUCCUAUGUAGUCACCACCAUAGAAAGUCCUACCGGACAAGUGAGUCAUCUGUGUCAGCCCUACACCUUUGCCCCCAGCUCUCUACAAUGCACACACACACACACACACACACACACACACACACACACGAUGUCACUAGGCAGGCAGCUCCAGUUCCUCAAAGGACACAGUGCAAGAUAUAGAAGAGCAGUUUCACAGUCAGACAUCUGGUCUACCUGUUCCUACUUGUGUCAUGGGCCUCCAAAUGCUUACUGAGAAUCCUGCCACACCAGGCCAAAGGGUAGCAGUUGAGGCUGUCAUUUCAAAAAUCUAUAUCCUUCCAGGAAAGGUUUCUAAAAUGUCAGCAGACCCAAUUAGAAAGCAAAUGCCACUGAAUAUGGAGACUCACGCACCUGCCCCACCCUUCAGAAAGGCAAUGAUAUAAAUAUUACAAAGAGUAUUUAAGAAGACCCAGAAGUGUCUCUAAAAUGUUUAUAGGAUGUUUCCUACCAACAAGUAUCAUGGAAAUGUUCAAGUUCGUAUAAUCUAAGAAAAAACUACAGGUGUGCUGAGUGGGCUGUAAUUGCAACACUGGAGAGGCUGAGGCAGAGGGAUCUCAAUUUCUAUGCGUCCUGAUCUCAUUAGCAAGUCCUUUUCUCAAGACAGGAGGCGGAAGAAGGAUGGAGGCUGACUGGUUGCCGCUGUUACCUGAAUUUGACACCUUUCGUGUGUUAGGCCUGUAUGCUGUACGGUGCACCUAAGUAUCUGCAUUUACAAAGCAACAUUCUUAUUAAUGAUGAGAGUAUUUCAUAGAGAUGAUAUAUGGGUGCGUGGACUGCAUAUAUGUAUACACACAUAUAUGUAUAUGAACGACGGAUAAAUACAGAACAGGUGAAAAUAAGCCCUGGUACAGGUGUCUAUCUUGCAACCAAACAUGCUUGGUUCAAAUGUGACACAUCAGGUCUCCAUGAACUAGUGUAAGGAGCUGAUGGCUAGUGCCAGCCCAGUAGUAGACAAGGUUGAACAUGCCACCAGGAAGCCCACACAUGAUGUCACUAACUUAGGUUAUUUCCUACUCUUUUAAGAAAGGUGAAAAUAAGUACCACAGGAAAGAGUCUUCCAUUUUGAGAAAGUCAGCAUGGAAGAAAGAUGAAGUUUUACUUCCAGUUGAUACUAUGAUACAGUAAUAUGUGAGAAUGUAGAAUGGACUUCGUCUUCAGACCUGGAAAACGGGGUGGCAAAGCCUUGGCUCCCUCACGCUCGUCAGAUUCCACUGACAUAGGCUGAGGACUUCAUGCAUGUACCAGGAUGCAUGGCAGCAUCCUGUGGCCACAGAGGUCCCCUCUCAGACUGCUUCUCUGAUAGCAAGCUCGCAACACCUCCUCCAUUACAUAACCUCUUCACAUUUGCUAAGCAAGUGGAUAUUUCUCUUCAUUGAGUUAGGAAAAUUUGAACUAUUUCAGAAUAGUUUACCCUCUGCUUCCUGCCUGUCCCUCCCUUUCCCUGGCCUUUACCUAUACUUGAGGCGAAAAGGGCAGCUAAUACUCUUCUAAAACCAAUAGUGAGUGAGAGUUCUUGCUUAGCACCAAUAAGACCAAUUGCUUGUCAUUCUUAACCAAGGGGUCUCUAGAGUUUGGAGGCUGGAGAGAUAGGCUGAAGACACACAUGGGGGCCACAAUUACUGAGACAGUGUUGCAGGUACCCUUUGUAACAAAGCCUGGCUGGUUUUAGCCCUCCCUUAUCUCUCUAACCCCAAAGGGACUCUCACUCCAAAAAGAUCAGCUGGCAUUCAGUUCUCUGUGUGGAAAAAAAAAAUGCUGUGGAGAAGGCAUUCAAACAACCCCAAAGAUAUGGAUUCCUGCCCUUUAUCUUGAUUCUGGGCCGCUUCUAAAAAUAACACUGAAGUUUCCAGCCAUACCACUUUGACUGUGCCCGAAGUCUAAGAUGCUUCCUUAAGAAUAUAGCUGCCUCCAUUACACACCAACUCAUAGUUUUGAGACACUUCCACUCUUCAGAAAAUCUGACUGUGGUAUUUGGGAACACAAUAAUUGGCUCAGUGAAUUCCAGACUCUGUUUACCUACUUAUGAUUUUCGUUUCUACACCUCAAUGCCCAUAAUGCACUGGAUAGCUGGUAGAUGACAAAGAGAACUGGCCUUUACAGCAUAGGCCAAUCACAUGUGAACACAGGAGAAAGAACCAGCUGGUCCCCUCUUGAGAAGUUUGACCCCUCCUAUAGGAGGCAAAACUUGAUAGGGUCAGAGCAUUUGGGUUUAAUGUUUUAUGAGCAUUAAACAGCAGGGAAAGCCCAAACAGUGAAAUGACUGGGGAUUGUAGGGCUCUGGGUAUCACUACCCUUUGGCCUAUACAGAAUUGUAGCCAGAGCUGACUUUUUAUACUGGGCAAGCCGUCCCAGUGCCACCAUGCCAGGCAGGCAGGAGGCCGGGGGGCCAGCACCUCUCCCUUGCAAGAUUUGCCCCGAGUGCUGUGCUGGGUUUUCCUGGGCCAUGAGGAAUGAAGGUGAGGGCUGGUGAAGGACAGCUCCUUCCAUUUUUCAUAAUCAGAAAUCAAGUACGAUCACUUCCAGCAAAGUGAGAUAUGGGCUCCCCUUGCAUGUCCUACCAAAUCAGUGCUAGGUCCCCAUCCCUUCUCAUACUCCGACAAUUUGCCUUUUCCUGAAACACAUUCCAGACCAAACACUGUUCAGUUGGUUUCCAAAAUUAAACACCAAUGUAUAUAUCUGUAUGUAUUCCACUGCUCUUUAGGGGUUUCCUGGUCCUAGGGUGGGUUGGCAAGCAGAAAAGAUAUUUCAAUCCUUCGAUUUUCCGAAUUGAAAGUUUUGAGGUGGAUUUUUUGGGUUGGUUGGUUGGUUGAGGGUUUUGUUUGUUUGUUUUUGUUAAGUUGGGGAAGCAAAACUUUGAAAGGCAAACUUCCUGGUGCCUGCAUAGAACUGUGUAUGGAGGUGAGUAGUUUGAAAACUUCAACUCUAGGAGGCAGGCAGGUGUAAAGAAGAAACAUAAAAGGAAGAUAAAAGGCCACACCCCAUCUACCAGGUCCCCCCUUGGCGGUCUCAGUGCAUGAAGGUCUGUCUACAGCUCGUGUGUACGCAGGAGCCCAGCCCCACUGUAAAGUUGUCUCUGCAUGCCGACCACAGCCUGGCCUGCCUCCUGCCAGCUACCGAAGUCUUCAUAACCGCCGGGAGGACUUAGCCCUGCGCAGACUUCUCUGUCAUCUCCAGUGGGAACAGCUCAGCUUGUGGCUUUAGGGGUUUCACUUUCGCAGACCCAAAGGCUGUGCAUUUGGAAGCCAAAUAUUCCGUUCAGCAUGUGGCUGCUGAGUCUGGUUUUGUGAACAAAGCAAACUGUGGAAUGGCUUCUCUGUGUCUGUAUUUUUCUAAGCCAAAGGGACAAAUUAUUGCAUCGACCCCCUUGUACUAACGCUGUUUCUGCAUUCUCCAUAUCCAUUUUUAACCUUUUUAUUUGUUUUGUCUCUGGGGAAUUUAUCAUAUAAUUAUUAUGUCCUCUGAUGAUUUACCAAACUAUGUUGCUUACAGGUGAUUUUAUUUUCCUUAUGGAUGGGAAAAAUAGAAAAUGAGAUGUAUGUUUGAGGCUUUAGUCAAAGACACUGCUCAAAGGUCUCAAACUCUAGUUAACUUGCUUCUCAAUAGGAAAAAUCUUAGUUUGGACAGACAAGGAUUCUGAGGUCCUCCUGGAUAGCCCUCCACUUUGGAGGUCAAAGCCCUGGGGCAGAGCUGGUAGUCAGGCUACACAAGAGAAGAAGAAGGGACCAGAACAUCAUCUCAGAUGUUUAUCCCACACUACAGAAGCUGCUGUUCUCCUUGCAAGGCACUUGGCCAUUUCAGGGCAACAUAAGACUUUCUAGUGUCAUAGCAGCAUCUUCCGUUUGAAAAUCGGGGCUGCAUGCUUCAGAGAACAUUUAUGUUAAUCCCAUAUUCAGGUGAGAAGAUAACAAAGGUACAUUCUGCCCAGAACAUCCUUUAGAACAAUGUCUAAAUUGGCUUCUGUAGCUAUCUAUACAUGAUGUAAUUGGCCUCCAUUCAGCUCUCUCCCGGCAGUGGGCAUGUUUUCACAAUGGUUUCUAUCCUUGAACCCAGGAUUGGCCCCACUCUCGAUUACCAGGCUUGCAAUUGGUUUAAUUUUUUUUUCUUUCAUUAAAACAUGCUUGCCAAAAAAAAAAAAAGUAAAAGAA